AUGCGACUCGUCACUUCUGCUCUCGUCGGUUCGAGAAGGGUGCCCAGGUACUCGAGCAGCGACGCCAGCCUCCACGACAGUUUUUGGGUGAUAGAGUCUCGCGACGGCGAGGACCAGUGUCUGGACAAGGACUGCGACGGUGUCAUAUCCGCAGCGGACCUGAAAUAUUUCUACGACGGCCAGAAGAAACAUUUGAAAGCCAGAGGGAAACAAAUGCAACCUUGGGACGAGCUGCAGAACGAGAUCUUCUACAUGCUACGCCCGUCCCUCCCGGACGGCAUAACACUGGGUGACGUCAAGAGGUUCAAGAUGGUGGCCCCCUUCUUCAACGUCUUCGUCAACGCCAACAGAUAUUUCGAGUUCGAAGACAUCGACAAAUUCAAACGAUACAGGAACAUCAAUGAAGAUGGAUGUGUAUCGACAUGGAACCAGUACGUUGAUACAAAAUACAAUAUGAUGAUCAGGAACACAGGUUUGAAAUGGGUCGGCAAGCUGUGCUGGAGAGCCGUCACCUCGUGCUGCGAGCGUCCCCGCAAGGACGCCGGGGAGUCCGCCGGCGAGGACUGGACGGACGCCAGGAUACAGGACAUGACAGUCGAGCAGGCCCAACACCUCAUAAACAUGGACAACAUGGCUAAAGUUUGAUGUCGAAGUUCCUGCUUUGGUAAAAAUGAAACAAAAAAAGCCUUCACGAAAACGUGCUCUGAAGAAGUAUACGAAUAUAAUCUAAUGGACAUAUGUAAAUAUUGCAUACAAGAAAAAUGUUAUUAACAUUGAUAAAAUUUUAAGGUUUAAAAUAUUGAGAUGUUACGUGUACACUUCUUGUAAAUAUUUGACGCUAUUGUGUCCGUAAUAUAAAAACUUGAUGAAUGUU